AUGAGCGAAAAGAAGAAAGAGGAGCUAUUCGGCGGAACGACAGCAGAUGCUGUAGACACAGUAGAUGCUGUAGCGUUGACAGGCUCUGCGGAAUGGACCGAUCGCUCCUGCUGUGAGAAUGGGGCACCGUUAGAGGCUACUUUGGACCCCACAGAGUACAAGAAGUUGGAGCGGAGGGCAAGGUUCAAGAUGGAUGUGCAAGUCGUGCCGCUGUGCUUGCUCCUGUACCUUUUGUCAUUCCUAGAUCGUACGAAUAUUGCACAAGCCGUGUUGGACGGCGACCCUGCGUCUGGGCAGAGCACAAAGAACCCAGGACUUUUGACUUCACUGGGCCUCACCCCACACGAUUAUGCCGUGGCACUCACAGUUUUAUACCCGACAUACAUUGCACUAGAGGUGCCAUCGAAUUUGCUCAUUAAGCGCCUGGGACCCAGAAUAUGGAUCCCCGGGCUCGUCAUUCUGUGGGGCAUCGUUGAAACUCUCCAGGGACUGGUUUCUUCACGCACUGGUCUGUACAUCAACCGCAUCUUUUUGGGUGCCAACGGAGGCUGGCAUUCUCCUGGCAUUGCGGUAUAUCUGACCUUUUUCUACACACCGAAUGAACUGCAAUUUCGCCAGGCCUUUUUCUUCACGGGUGCAUCACUUAGUGGCGCCUUCUCCGGUCUCUUGGCCGCGGCCAUCCGCAAAAUGGACGGCAUCGCCGGUCAGCACGGAUGGCAAUGGAUUUUUUACUUGGAGGGAAUCUUUACGGUUCUUGUUGGUGUCGCAUGUAUUUUUUUGAUGCCAAAUGAGGCAGAGUCGUGUUUCUUGCUUACAAACACCGAAAAGCAGCUUGUGAGGGAGCGUCUUAACCGAGCGAAUGAUAGGUUCCGUGAUCGGCAUGAGCUUGCAGCCAAACUCGAAAAAUGCGAAUGCACCACCGGUGUAGAGGACGCACCUCAGCCCGUACCUGCGCCAUGGCAUCGAGACGUGAUGCGUGCUUUCACGGACAUGCGCUUGAUCCUGACGUGUGUGUUGGGAUUCUGUUCAGCCUUGUCCGUGUACUCGAUCGCGUACUUUUCACCGACGAUUGUCAAGAAUAUGGGCGAGUACAGCACAAUCCAGGCCAUGCUCAUGUCAUGUCCUCCGUUCGCUGUGUCUUUUGCAUACAGUAUUUUGAUGGCCAUUGUAUCAGACCGUCUGAGACAGCGAUACGUGACCAUUAUCGCGGGUCUCGGCCUGUGCACCAUCGGCUUGGCUGUUGUGUUGGGCUGCAAAGAAUCCAUGACUCGAUACGGCGGAAUCAUCCUGAUGACGAGCGGAUCAUUCUCUGUGCCGCCGGCUCUGUUCACAUGGCUUGCCAACAACGCGUCUGGACAUUACAAACGAGCGACUGGAUUGGCCCUGCUUAUUGUAUUCACCAACUGUAGUGGCCUUACGUCAUCAUGGCUAUUUAAUACCAAGACUGAGUCACCCGACUUCACACGCGGCAUCAGCACAAACCUGGCCAUCGCUGCGUUGGGCAUGGUUAUUUCAACUGCGAUUGAGCUCAGUAUUCUCUACGAACGAAAGCAGCGCCAGGCUGGGCGUCGUGACGAGCGCGUCGUGUCGCUGUACCAAAAAACAGGAUGGAGUAAUGACCACAUGCGACUGUACAUGGGGGACGACCAUCCCGAUUAUCAUUUGGAGUUGUAG